GAUGUUUGUGGUGCCCAAGGACCCAAUGCGUGGCUCCCAAAGCCUAGGCCUCCUCACAUGGGAGGAGGCCAAUUCCAAAAUUCAUUGGGGCGUCGUGUUCAUCAUCUGUGCUGGCAUGACGCUUGCAGAGGCUUCCAGGGCAUCGGGUCUGUCUACGAUCCUGGUGAGCAAACUGCGCACUCUGAAGGUGAUGCCGAGCUACGUGGUGGUGUCCAUCCUCUGUUUCUCCGCCUCCAUGCUCACCGAAUUCACGAGCAACACGGCAAUCAGCGCCAUCACGCUACCCAUCGUAUUCGAGAUGGCCGUGGCGCUUGAAGUGCACCCAUUGUACUUCGCCUUGCCGGUGACCAUCGCCUGCUCGUUCUCAUUCAUGCUUCCGGCGGCCACGCCGCCCAAUGCCAUCGUCUUCGAGAUGGGAAAGUUCAAGAUCUUAGAUAUGGCGUCUCCGGGCUUCCUCAUGAACAUGGUGUGUGUCAUCGUGGAGCUCAUCAGCAUCCACACGCUGGGACCGCUCGUAUUCGGCGUGCACAGUUUCCCGUCGUGGGCGGCUCAGAACCACACCGAGACGCCGGCUCCUUCCGGAUGAGCUGAGCGCU